AUGGCGCUAUCUUGGCAACACAAGUUUAUCACAACUAUUUUCUUUCUAACAUUACAUAUAACGUCAUCAUCUAAAACGAAUUCCAGGCCUGUAUAUGAAGUAAUAAAUGAACAAUCAAGAGCUGAUGAUAAGUUAAUAACAACCAGCGAUUCUGCGAGGUUGCCCUAUGGUAACCCACUUGCCGGUAACUCACAACAAAAUGCUAAAUUGCAUGCACGCAAUCAACAGGCGAUGUUCAACGCUGAAAGAGUACGGCAGCAUAAAGCUCAGCUGCAGAGAUGGAUGAAAACACCUAAAAUAAUCGACAGCUAUAUGCGAGCUUAUCACGAGUCCCAAGAGAGCCAUCAACUAGCAUUAGAACAGCAGCAAGCCAAUGUAAAAGAAAACCAACGAAAGCCAGCACAUACAAAAGAAUUUAUAAAAAGAACACAAAAAUCCGAGACUGAUACGACGAAGUUGUCCAAAGUAGAUACUGUUGUGAAACCAGAAAAGAUGCGAAAUCAAAGGUCAUACGGUUCUGUUGAAUAUCAACAGUACUUGGAGCCAAAAAGAUAUCAAACUAUUUAUAUUACUUCUCCAUCUACUUAUGGUCAAGGAAUGGCUAUAAAAUCAAACGCGAUAAAUGGAAUAGUUCAUUCCCAACCAUCUACUAAGCCUUAUGUCGAAGCCUUAAGUUCAGAGUAUGUUUUCCCAAAAUACUAUCCUGCACAUAACUACAAAUCUGUACAUGACUUAGAAACACUAAAUGCUCUUCUGAGUAAAAACCCCGGCGAACAGCUUUCAGAAUUUAACUCAUUAAUAAAAGCUGCAAAAGACAACUCUGAAACCCAUGAUAAAGUACUAGAGACGCCUACUGAUCUAUACUUCUAUUUAAAAGAUCCUUCAAACAAAGCUUUGUCAGAUCAUUACGAUAAAACAGCAUAUGCACAAAUACCGAGUACACAAGAAAUUGUAAAGGACCAUAUCCCAAUUAAAGAAGAAGUAGACGAUGUUGAGGAUUCUUGUACAAUUUUAAGCACUGGAUAUAAUCCAUUGCAAGAAGAACAAUACGAUAUAAAGGAACAUGAAACAAAACCAACUUAUGAAGCAUUACGAUAUGGAUAUCAGCCAACAGCAUUUUACAGCACUGAUGAAGACAAUACAGAAGGAGAUUUGAGUGAGCGAUAUCUUCAUCGUAAUGCUCAGAAAGGUGUCCAACAUUUGUCUGGUGAUGGAUCAGGAGUAUCAGCAUAUAAUGAUGAAAAUGUAAGUAUAAAAAUAGAUUCACCUAUUUACAAAAAUAUUUCCAGUUUAGAUGACCAUUUGCUGAGAAAAAGAAGAUCAGUAUUAGAGACAGACCCUUUCCUUUUAUCAAACACAAGUCGUUCCCUCAAGGAAACAGUUAAGAAUUCUGAAUACAAGAAUGAUACCCAAAAAGCUUCAGCAGAAUCUCUUAUUAGAUUAAAACCAAUACCUAAUAGCAAGCGUGUAACUAAAUUCGGUACAUUCCUAACUACACCAAACUAUCCAAUUGGGGAGGCAAUAGAUUACAGUGAAGAAGUUUUGCCAAUAUAUAAAAUACCUAAAAGUAAAUAUGGGGCGCAUGAAAUUGUUUACGAUGAACUAGAAAGUGAUAACUAUGACGACUUUCCGUCCCUUGACUACGCAGACCCAGUGUCUAAACUAUCAUCUAUAAUUUCAAUUCCCCAUCAAAAUGACUUUGCUGAGUCAUUUGAAACGUACGCACCAUCAUCAUCUUACGCUGAAAACGUUGAGUUGAAAACUGAUUUUACGAAAUACAAACAAAUUAAACGGUUUCCUAGUUUAUCUUCAAAUAUAGGAACUCUUCAUAGUUCAAAUGGCUUGACAAUACCAUCAACAUCCUACGGAGUACCAAAUUACGGUGAUCCAGUCUUUUACAAUACACCACACAGCUUUAGAGCUCCAGUUAAAUAUACUAUCCCAAAUAUUAAUGUAGAUUUACAAGGCCCGGAGCCAGUUUACUUACUCACACAAAAAGAAUUGGCUAAGCUUGUUGGUCAUCAUAAUUUAAAUAUAGAGCAUUUAGAACUCCACUACGCCGCAAACUACGAAUUCGGCUACAGGGUUCGAGACGUUCACAGCGGCAACGAUUAUGGUCAUCACGAGGCGAAAAAUGGAAAAGAAACUAGCGGGCACUACCACGUCCUCCUCCCGGACGGACGGAUGCAGAAUGUACGAUACUCUGCCGGCCCUGAAGGUUACCACGCGGAUAUUUCUUAUGAUCACUAUAAAUAG